UUUUUUACAGCAGAGUCGAUAAUUUUAUGCGCCGUAUACACUUUGAGUUUGCUUACUGAAUUUUUCAUACAUUAUUACUAACAAUGAGCCCAAGUAUUGUGUGGCAGUACUACGAUAAAAAAGAAAAAGGAAUUGCGAUCUGCGUAAAGUGCGGGAAAUGCUUUAAGUACCACAGCAGCACAACCACGUUAAAAAACCACGUAGAAAAAGUACACAAAAUUAAAAUGGAGAAAACUGACAUCAUUGAGCUUGUGGACAACGAUGAUGACAAUGAGCCGAAUCAAAAGAAGUCUAAAUCUGUUUACCCAAUACGAAAUUCCUUUGAAAGAGCAGUAUCAUUUUCUGAUAACAGCACCAAAGGGAAGGAAAUUUCAAAUGCGUUAAUGUAUAUGAUAGUUGUGGACGACAUGCCACUUUGUACACCUGAAAAAAGGGGUUUUUUAAAGUUCUGCAAAACGUUGCAACCUACAUAUAUAUAAAGUGCCUACUGAAAAAACAAUGACGUCAAAAAUUUAAACAAAAUAUAGUGCAAUCCGAUUAAAGGUCAAAAACGAACUCAGUCAGGCGAAAUCUGUAUGACUGACAUCGGUCAUAUGGACAAACUCUUCGACUAUGCAAAGUUAUGUUGGAGUAACUAUACACUUCGUUAAAGGUUAGUUCAUCCUUUUUAUCUGCGAAAAAUAAUUUUUGUAGUAAUUUGUUUUUGGCGGAAUAUUUUCACUUAUCAAAAACUGGAAUCACGGGAUAUAUAAAGAAUAGAGCCCGUUGAGCUAGAAAAAGAAAAAGUGGAUGUUGUCGGCCUUCAUCCAUUUAUUCUGACGGUAUAAAAAAUUGUUGA